UAUCUAUAUGAGUAAUACUUGUCUCUGUCCGUCCCUAUUCAUCUGCGUUUCUUCUUCUUCCCCAAUUUCCCAUCAAACUCUAUUAGGGUUCUUGAUCAAGACGAUAAAUUCAAUUAUCUUACAAUUUGUGUCUACCUGCUCCUCAUCUUUGUUGUUCAGCCUCAGACUUCACAUUUACUCAUUUUUUCCUUGUUUUAUUGUUUACGAAUCCGAAAUUCACUCCACGCCUCAAGCUCAGAGUUAUCUGUAUAAUUGCUUUAUUUUCUCUUUAAUCUCAAGUUCUCUUUUUUCUUGAUCUUUCUCUUGCGGACGGCUGCAUUGUUUUGCUCGUUUUCAAUUAUUUCUGCAAGAUUAUAAAGACAUGCCUUUGUCAAAACAGUAUCGGUGCAUACACUCAGCUAGUUGUGCGUGUAUUAAAGGGCAUCUACCUGAAGAUGUGAUUCUUCUUGUUUUUGAACGGCUUAAUUGGAACCCUAAGUUGAUUGCAUCCUUCUCUUGUGCUUGUAAAUGGUUUGAUGAUUUUGCAAAGAGAGUAUUGUGGAAAGAGUUUUGUAAGACUAGAGCUCCCAAGAUGAUGCUUGAUCUGCAAUCUUCUGGUAGCCAUAGCGUUGAUGGGAGUUGGAGGGCGCUUGGAAAAUUGCUUGUAUACUGUUCAGGGUGUACCAAAGGUGGCUUAUUUAAUAACGUUAAUAUUCCUGGUCAUUUUGUAUACAGAACUCGGUUCUCUAGAACUUCAGGAAAGAGUUUUCUUUUGCCACAGUGCAGAUCAGAUGUUUUAUAUGUCUCGGAUCCUUGCGAACAUCUAGACCAGGGGGAAGAUGGGGACAUUGGAUUUUUUAGGGGCAUGUUUAAGUCCUUUUCUAUGUCAAAAGUUCGUAAGUUGCUGAUCAAAAGAGGUGCCCAACUUCACUCAACAGAGUUGUGUCCUUAUUGUAAAGCAAAACUAUGGAGUAUGCAGGCAGCAAAAAUGAUCCCCCAAAGUGCUAGUUGUAGAUUAGGAGCUUAUGAAGAUUGCAUCGAAUAUUUUGUUUGCCUCAAUGGUCACAUGAUUGGAAUCUGCACUUUAUUGCCCUUGUCUGAAUCCGAGGAAGCAUCUGAAUUCGAGUAAUGUUCAACUGAGUUACAGGCAAGCAGACAUUGUACUUGUACUAAAUUCGUUUGAGACUUAAAGAGAGCUUGAUUCUAGCUUGUGCGGGGUCUCUAAACAUGCCAAGGGAAAAAAAAAUGCUAUUCGACAUCUAGAAACAUACCUGCCGAGGUUAUAUAGGCAGUCGCCAUAGGAAGCUCAGCUGGUCCUGUAUAUUGGGUGAGUGGUCUAUUUUAAGUGAAUAAAAGAGAAGCCUUGUUUAAAAAUGUUUGUACAUUGCAAUUCCAUUAUGUAUAUCAAAUGCAGAUCUUAUGUAGCUAUCUACGAAACGAAAUGUUUGAUAAUAGUUCAGGCGAUUUUCAUGGAAUGUAAAUGAGCUUUCGUUGUA